AGUCGGCUCAGGCUGGCUGCAAGGGGUGGUGCCACCCGCCCUGCCACUGGCAGUCCUGAGCGGCAGGGCUGGGGACCGCGCGGCGUCGGAGCGCUCCAGGGCCACAGGCGGGGAGGAUCAGGAGCCGUCCCGGGAUGGUCGCCUGGUAAAGCCAGACCCCGGGCUGUCGCCGGUGUGCCCGCCCCGGAGGCCCAGGCCCGCGGAGAGGCGAGGGAGCCUCUCGGAAAUCUGACACCCAGCCCGCUCGGCAAAGGAAACUUCGCCGGCUGAUGACCUGUCAGAAGCUGGGGCCUUCACCACGGAGCUGCACACACAUCGCACCCAGGAUUCAGAGAAGCCAAAGAAGGCGAUCUUGUGGGAGCUGGAGAAACGGCAAACCCCGUCUUCAUUCUGUGCCACCAAGGCCCACCGAGAGCAUCACUAUGACCGAUGGAGACUAUGACUAUCUGAUCAAACUCCUGGCCCUCGGAGACUCAGGGGUGGGGAAGACGACGUUUCUCUAUAGAUACACAGACAAUAAAUUCAAUCCCAAAUUCAUCACUACAGUAGGAAUAGACUUUCGGGAAAAACGCGUGGUGUAUAAUACGCAAGGACCAAAUGGAUCUUCAGGGAAGGCAUUUAAGGUGCAUCUUCAGCUUUGGGACACUGCAGGACAAGAGCGGUUCCGGAGCCUCACCACUGCGUUUUUCAGAGAUGCCAUGGGCUUUUUAUUAAUGUUUGACCUCACCAGUCAACAGAGCUUCCUAAAUGUCAGAAACUGGAUGAGCCAACUACAAGCAAAUGCUUAUUGUGAAAAUCCAGACAUAGUAUUAAUUGGCAACAAGGCAGACCUGCCAGACCAGAGGGAAGUCAAUGAGCGGCAAGCCCGGGAACUGGCCGACAAAUACGGCAUCCCAUAUUUUGAAACAAGUGCAGCGACUGGACAGAAUGUGGAGAAGGCUGUGGAAACCCUUCUGGAUUUAAUAAUGAAACGAAUGGAACAGUGUGUAGAGAAAACCCAAGUCCCUGAGGCCGUCAAUGGUGGAAACUCGGGAAAGCUUGAUGGGGAAAAGCCAGCAGAGAAGAAAUGCUCCUGCUAGACUUUGUGUAUGAACUGACAGACAAUCAAGAAUCCUACCCAGUAGUACUUCCCAAAGCAGCGACAAAACACCAAAAUUGCUAUUGAAUAGGCCAUGCACACUGACAUGUCUCUUUUUCUGCCAGAAAAAUCUAUUUUAAGAAACCAGAAUAGUCAACAGUAUUCAAAAGAAUUGACCAACUAUCCCCUGAAACCCCUCCAAACAAGAUCAAAUACUUCCUAACAUAAUCUCAGCAUCAUGGAUGCUAAGUUUGGUUUUCUUCUGAAGAAGAUGAAUUUAUGAGAUAGUAUAUAAGAAGAAAUAUUGGCAAAAUUUAAAUCAGAACAUUGCCAUAAUGGGAAAAUGGACAGACUACUCAAAUGAGAACAUAGAUUUUUAUUUUCUUUAAGGUUUUACUUCUUACAUAGUAUCUGAUUCACACUUUUAAGUUUGCAUUGGGGAAAUAUAUUAGCCAAAUAUGGAUACACAAUGAAGAACUCUAUAUGGUUCAUUAAGAAUGGCAUUACAUCCAAUAAGCUAUACUUGAAUGACUAAAUUGCCAAUAAAAUUAUGAUAGGAUGAAUGUCAAGCUUCUGCUAAAAUGUAGGGGAUUGGGUAAUAGUGCCAUUUUUAUAUUCUUGUAGACAAGGAAAGAAUUGUGAAUGACAAAGUACAAGAGAAAUGACCUGGGGGUGGGGGUGGGGGGUAGUGAAAUUAUAGAAACAUGGCAUUGGUUCAGCUGAAAUUAAAAUGUAUCUGUUACAGAUGUUUGAGAGGAGUUAUUUAACCAAAUUUUACUCAAGCCAAUUAGAAUUGAACAUUAUCAGUUAGGUUUAAGGGAAUCUCCAGAGGUUUCCAUUUCAAAAAAAAAUUUUCAGAGUCAAGUCUGGGUUUAGCAUCACAUCUCAUUUUCUUUAGCAAAUGUUGAUAAAUAGACACAAGAAAAAAUUAAAAAUUGCUGUUAAUUAAAUACUUUUCAAAAAUGCCAUCAAGAAAAAGUAUUUUGGCUUAAAUAUUUUUGGUCUAGGUAAAAUAUGUUGAUGUUCCUUGAAACAAAAACCGACUAUUAUUAUGGAUUUCUUUUUAAUUUACAAAAGCAUUGAAAAUCCUAAGUCACAUUUCUUCCCUCCACUCCAUACCCACCCCAGUUUGAUCAAUAUCAGAAAUGCAGGUGAGUCAUUUUGUGGAUCAACAACUUCAGAAUAAUAAUGGAUCAGUUCUGUGGUCACUGAAUUUUCAUGUCAUUUAUCACAUACUAAUUGAUGAUACCUCAUGCUGUAUUACAAUACAUUUAGCAUUUGUUUUCAUUUUGCUUAUUAGAGGAAAAACACCCACGGUUGAACAAUAUUUAGGGGUUGAGUGGGCAUUGAACUGAAUCUUAUCUCACCAGAAAUGUAAUUGAUUUGUAUUGCACAUAAAACUGCCUUUUCUUCCAAAAACGAUCACAAAAAUAUUAACUAUUGUUACCCUCCUCUUAUUGUGUCUAAAUAAAUAUUACAUUUUUUAAAAUCUUAGUUUCUGAUAAACAUAAACCAUGCCUAUCAAACUGAUUAUUAUUUAAAUAUUUCAGUUAAUUUUUUUCAAUGACUUAUGACUCAUUCUCUAUAACAAAGCCAAGCUACUUCAAGUUUUCUCUUUUUAUUGUGAAUAUAUGAUUUUUCAACAGGAUGGCUCCUCUUCCCAUCUAUUUUUGCCAAUUAAACGUCAUUUAACUAUAUUCUAUGCUUUUUUCAAAGUUACCAAAGCAUUGGAAACCUAAGUCACAGCCCCUCAUUCAAACUCUCCCAACCCACCUGGCACUGCAUCAGUUUUAGAAAACACAGACACAUCCAAGGAAAUGUCUUUUAAUAAUGUUCUUAGGAUAGAACAGACCCAGAAAUGAGCUAUGAAUCACAGUACUUUGGAAGCUUUUAUGGAGUUUGCCCUUGUGAAAUUCUCAGCAGCUUCUCUGCUCUCUUCAGCACCCUCCCAGCCUCUAAGAUUGAUCAUGGUUGGCUGUUCCCUCCAAUGGUUUUUUUUCUCUAAGAUACUCUUCCUGAUCUCCAGGCCUGUGCCAUAAAGAUAGAAAGCUUCUAGAUAACAUUUAAGAUGUUUCUUCUGAAAGAAAAGUAAGCAGAAGCAAUAUAACCAUUGCUGUGGCGAAAUUUGGUGAACUUUUGUAGUUAUUACAGCAAUUUUUUUCUUUACAUUUAAAUUGUGAUGUCCUGCAUUUCUUUAAUGGGAAUGUUUACACUUUAUUAAAAACCCUAAAGGUA